AUGAUUCAGCAAGGUUUCUAUUUAGGAAAAGAAAAUUGUUUGGUUGAUGCCUGCCUUCUCACAAUGAUUGGUAUUCAAGAUAGUUCAUUAACUCUUCGUAAACAUUUAUCUGAUUACAUUAAAUUAAAUGAAAUAGCAUUACUUGAUCGGUGGAGAUAUGCAAGAAUAUCGUCUGACCGAAAACUAGGAUUGGGUAUUGAUUUAGAUGAUAAUCUACUUGAUCAAGUAAACUAG